AUGCAGCCAACAAGCAAUGAGGUGCCCAAUGAACGGACGCCUGAAGUUGGGGGUGAAAAUGUCGAGUCUGUGGUACGUUUCUCAAAGGACAGCGGUGCGCUUACCAAACCCCCGCCCCACCCUAGAUCAAAGAAGAGGAAGGUUGAUAUGACUAAUGUGGGUGCAACUUCGGGAGCAACUCCUACAAAUCCAGCUCCUUGUAAUGUGGACACUGAUAAAGAGGAUGGCAAGGAUGAAGCCAAUGAAGGAAGGAUUACUGUUGCUAAGGAUUGUUGGAAUCUUUAUAUUAGUGAGAAGAAUAGGUUGAAAACUGUGUUCAAACAACCGAAUCAAUCUGUGUUGUGCAAUAUUCUUAAUCUUGUUGUUAAUGAUGGUCUGAAAGAGAUGCAUGAAUCUAUUAGUAAGAUAAGAAAUGCUAUUAGAUAUGUGCGUGCUUCCCCUAGUCGCAUGAAUAGGUUCAAAAAUUUCAUAAAGGAAGCUAGGAUACAAGACAAGUGUAUUGUUCAACUCGAUGUUCCCACUAGAUGGAACUCUACAUACACUAUGCUUGAAAGUGGUUUGAAGUUUCAAAAGGCGUUCAAGAGGCUAGGGGAGAGAGAUACAGAAUAUGCUCUAAUGCAAGGUGGUAUUCCGAGGAAUAUUGAUUGGGACAAUGCAAAACACUUGAUGGAAUUCUUGAAAAUUUUUCAUGAUGUUACAAAGAGUGUGUCUGGUAGUUUGUUUGUGACUUCUUCUCAAUAUUUUCAUGAGUUUUGUAAGAUUUUGCGAGUGUUCAAGGCUUCUUGUGGUAGUCGAGAUCCAUUACUUGGGAGUAUGGUUGAGAGGAUGAAGCUUAAGUAUGACAAGUACUGGGGUAACAUAAAAAAUAUCAAUAUGAUGAUUUUUGUUGCUGUGGUUCUUGAUCCUAGAUACAAGUUGAAGUUUGUGAACUUUAGCUUUGAAAAGCUAUAUGAUAAGGAUGAUGCCGAUUUUUUGGGUGCAAAAGUGAAAGAGACCUUCUCCAACAUGUUUGAUUGCUAUGUGAGUGCAAAUAACGGGGGUAGAUCAUUUACUUCAGCAAUAAUUGAUGGUGCAUCAGAUGUGGGAGUACCUGAUGGCGAUAUGGCUGGUGAUUUUUUCAAGGAGGUUCAUUUUCAUGAGAUCAUCAACAAGAAUGAGGUGGAUUUGUAUUUGAUGGAUGGUUUAGAGAAGUCUUGUGAUCAAAAUACUUUUGACAUAUUGAAUUGGUGGAAGGUAAAUUAUAGCAAGUAUCCUAUCUUAUCCCAAAUAGCUAGAGAUGUCUUAGCAAUGCCGGUCUCGACUGUUGCUUCAGAAUCAGCUUUUAGCACUGGUGGAAGAGUGCUUAACAACUAUAGGAGUUCUUUAACUCCAAAGACAGUUGAGGCAUUGAUAUGCACACAAAAUUGGCUUCGUGCUUCUCCAAUGACAACUGAUUUUGAGGAGCUUAUUGAAGAGUUUGAGUAACUUGAGUUAGAAAUUGCACCAACCGGAGAAGAUGAGGAUGAGUAUGGUGUAGAUUUUGAUUAAACAUGGUGACUGUUUGGCUUUUAUUUGUUUAAAAGUGAAUGUUUCGGUUUAAACUGUGUUUAUUGUUGUUGUUUGUGUUUAUUGGUUU